AUGACUACGUUAAAACAAAAGCGGUUGUCGCUUCGCGAAAAAAUUGACAUUUUAGAUUACCGUAAAAACAACGGAAACGUAGGAAUUCGUGCACUCGCAGAAAAGUUUCAAGUUGGAAAAACACAGAUCGCAGAUAUUGUUUCUAACACAGAAGAAAUUUAUAAAGCGUGGGUUGAAAAUGGAAAUGAAGAACGAAAAUUAACGAAACUAAGAAAAUGUGAAGGCAGUGUGAUUGAUAAAGAACUUUUGGUCUGGUUUAGCAAAACUCGAGAAAAAAAUUUACCAGUUUCCGAACCAACAGUACAAGAAAAGGCUAAACAACUUGCUGAAGUUCACGGAUUAAACGACUUUAAAGCUUCAAAAAUCUAA